AGUUUCACACGGCCAGGGGGUAAAAUUGUGAAUGGCUUCAUACUGAAUGAGAUGUGAAAUGAUUUAUAAUGUUUUAGCAGCACUGUAUGUUUUUUUUAUUUGAUGUGACGUUCUCCAGGACUGGAUUGUAACGGGAACACGAUGUCGGACGCUGAAGGUGCUCGCACUCGAGACCAGCUGAAUAAAUUCGAGAAACUGACACACAGGCCGCCGCACCGUGAGACGUUAGCAGGUCAUCGUACUCCCCCUGCCCGCAGUGGGCAUCGCUGUGUUGCUGACAACACUAACCUGUACGUGUUUGGAGGAUACAACCCGGACUACGAUGAGUCAGGAGGCUCAGAGAAUGAAGACUACCCACUGUUCAGGGAGCUUUGGAGAUACCACUUUGCUACCGGCUGCUGGCAGCAGAUUCGAACAGAGGGCUAUAUGCCCACAGAGCUGGCGUCCAUGUCAGCCGUUUUGCACGGCAACAAUCUCCUGGUGUUUGGCGGCACCGGGAUCCCCUUCGGUGAAAACAACGGCAACGACGUACAUGUUUGUAACGUGAAGUACAAGAGAUGGUCACUGCUCAACUGUCGGGGGAAGAAGCCCAACAGAAUCUAUGGACAGGCAAUGGUUAUUAUAAACGGCUUCCUAUACGUGUUUGGAGGGACAACGGGUUACAUCUACAGCACAGACCUGCACAGGCUGGACCUGACCACCAGGGAGUGGAUCCACCUCAAGCCCAACAACCCUCCCGACGACCUGCCUGAGGAACGGUACAGGCAUGAAAUAGCACAUGACGGACAGAGGAUCUACAUUCUGGGAGGAGGAACUUCCUGGACAUCUUACCCUCUGGACAAGAUACAUGCUUACAAUCUGGAGACUAAUUCCUGGGAGGAGAUUGCAACUAAACCUCAUGACAAAAUAGGGUAUCCUGCUCCUAGGAGAUGCCAUAGCUGUGUACAAAUACGUAACGAUGUAUUCAUCUGUGGAGGCUACAACGGAGAAUUGAUAUUAGCUGAUCUGUGGAAGAUCAACCUGCAGACUUUCCAGUGGAGUAAACUACCAGCGGUGAUGCCUGAGCCGGCUUACUUCCACUGCGCUGCUGUCACCCCAGCUGGCUGUAUGUACAUCCACGGUGGUGUGGUUAACAUCCACGAGAACAAGAGAACUGGCUCUCUGUUUAAGAUCUGGCUGGCUGGGCCCAGCCUGCUGGAGCUAUGUUGGGAGAAGCUCCUCAAGGCCUUUCCUCACCUGACUUCACUCCCCACCAUGCAGCUGCUCAACCUUGGCCUCACACAGGAACUCAUUGAACGCUUGAAAUAGGCUGCACAGUGGAGGACGGACAAAUGAAUGAAUGGAUGGGACGGGCUGGGCUGGACUGGGAGGAGAUGAGGUCUGACAGAGCACAGAAUUUAAUUCAUAGCAAAAUUCUCGGGAAAAUGCCCUCUCCUUCCCCUGCCUAACGUAGCCCCGCCUUAAAACCAAAAACAAUGGGAUGCCUUCUUUUGUUUGUUCUUUUUUUUGUUUUGUUGCAGUUUCAGUGAUGAUAAAGAAAAUAAAUGUGGAAUGUUUUAUGGAUUUUACUCAACCCCCCCCCCCCCCCCCCUCCCCUCCUCCACCACAGUUCCUUACAUGAUGCCUUUGUGUCAAGAUGAACAUGGAAUCCUGUUUCUCAUCCUCCAACCUGUGACAGCUGGAAAUACUUUAUUUUUGCCAUUUCAUGUUUUCAAAGACUGUCCUCUCCCACUUAAAAAACAAACAAACUGCCUUCUCUAGUACUUUUAAGAAUUCUGUGCAAAAGAAGAAUGCAUGUGUAUUUAUUUGAAGGACUAAAUCCGUUUUCCUGGGGGGGGGGGUCUACUCAUCACCUGAUAUUGCUGUUUGCACUUUGUCUUGCAUAUUUGUGGACAUUUACUUUGUUUAGUUUUUUUAAUAGAUCCUAUAAGCAGUCUAUCUUCAGUCAAAAAAAUGGCAGACAGUGUUUUUGCACAUUUUAGCCAAUUUAAUUCAAAUCUCAUGCAUAAUUUUCCUUUAUGCUGACUUGUCAUGUUUUAGAUUUUUUUGUAAUGUUUUUGCGACCUUCCAGGCAGCCUUUUUAUUUCAGUUAUAUCCCUAUGGUAUAAAAAUCACCUUCCAGAAGCUUGAGCUUUACAUAGUCAAUCACACUGAUUUUCGUGUUUUUAUUGUUGAAGUUAUGUUAUCCUUGCAUAACUGACAAAGCAGACAUGGUGGCCACAAUGAAGUAUUAAUCAUCUUAAAUUCCAAGUCUUUCUGGAAACCAGUGUUUGCCUGGAGGGAAGGAAAAACAUUUUUUUUUUUUUUAAGUUAUGGUAUGCCUUGAAAAUGUUCAUGAGUAAUGUUUUCUGUGGUAAGUUAGUUAAAACAUGCAGAAACACUGUAUGCUCUUCAUUAGUUUGUGAAGAAAAGGUUCAAUGCUGGGUUUGCCUGUCUGAGCCCUUGUAUUUCCUGUCUUUUUCCAUUAUGUUACACCCCAGUCUGCAAAGAAGUUCAAAACUAUUUAAUUUCACCCCGUUCGCUUGCAGCUCUCAUUUGUAAACCAAACCAUGCAACACAUCACUGUGAAUUUGGUGCUCUUUAAAACUUCAUUCUAAAUGCUUUUAUUCGAAUAAAGACUUAUUUCUGUUCACUUUUACUCCCUCUCUGUUGACGCAAUGUUUUUCACAGGGAGUUGCUUUAGUAGCAGGCUUAUACAAACAUUUGUUUAUACUGCAGUGCCUUUUUCCAACUUUUAAUAAGGCUGAAAUGUCACUAAUACAGGCAGUAAAAGAUCUUUGCAUGUUUAGACAAAGGGUUUAUGUUGAACAUUGUCUUUUUAAGUAAGUGAACAUUUAAACCAUUUUCAAUAAGCCGUUACAUAUAAUAACUCCAUCUUUGUGUCAAAUAGCAAUUUUGUAUCCUGUUUAAAGGGUGCAGAGGCUUUGUAUUCUCUUCCUGUUAACGGCCAGACAGAGCCUUCAGGACAGAUGCAGCAUAUUGGGCAUUUAACAUGUCAAGUUAAUGUGUUCUAUACAGUUAUGUUUAAUUAUUGAAAUUAACAGAUGCCAAAUAAUGUUGCAACUUGAACAAAGCAUAUUUUUAGAACGAGAGAUUGGGUGAGACCGAGGAUGGGAUGUUGCCCGAUGGUUUGAUCUGCCUGCACUUCUUUACCACGCCCCUUUUAUUUCUGUUCUGCAUAACUACUUUGUGCAUGAUGUCAUGCCCUGCUUUUUAUAUUAACAUCAAACCUUUACUUUGGGACAUAGUUUUAAAAAGGUGACCACUAAAAUGUUGUACAGUAGGCUUGUGUGAAUGUUGUGGAGUACUGUCAAUAAAAGUGUUCUGUAAAUA